AUCUGCUACGCUAGGUAAUUUAUUACAUUUAAAACUAUGCAGGAGAAUUAAUUUUAAACACAUCUUAUUCCAAAUAAUUUUAUAACAAUGCCUAAAUUGUAUAACAACGCAUAAUGUAUCCAGUAUGAAACAGGUAAUUCUAGAAGACGUUAAUUUACCGUACAAAUUCUCGAUAGACAGAAAUAAAAAUAAGUUAUUCUUUUGUAUCAAUGCUGACGAGUUUUCGGAUCAAAGCUUCCAUUCUGUAGUUUUAGAUUUGGAUACAGGCUUUGCAACGGUGAUACCAAGUAUUCGAAAUGGUUUUGCAAGUGCUGUUGAUAACGACAGUGUUAUUGUGUAUCUCGGAGGUAGUGAUGGAAUUUACAAAUACAACUAUUCCUUAAACGAUAUUGAAAAACCUGCCAUACUCAGAGAAAUAGAUGUCUUUGAUAUGCAAUUCAAAAAUAAUUUGUACUUUGUUGAUACAGCUAAUUUGGAUUUGUACAAGUUAAAAAACGAAAAAAGAGUCUUUGUAACUGCUAUUGAAGAAUAUGGGAUACAGCAUUUUACUUUCGAUGGGGAUGGGGAACUUAUACUAUCUAACUCAAUGGGAUUAUAUCGUUUGGGUGAAGAAGAUUACGAGCCAGUUUGGUUUACAAACUCAGUCGCCAAUAUUCGUGGUCUAGCUACUGAUGUGAAGGGAGUCCCACACGUGAUUGCUCAAGAUGGAAUCUAUUCGGUUGAUCAUAAAAAUGAAACAGUCAUAAAAAUAUUGUCGCUGCAAGACGGUUAUGGCCUUGAUUUCGAUAAAGAUAAUAAUAUAGUUUACAGCGAUGGACGGACAGUGGUUCGGCUCAAAUGAAUUGUAGAUCAAAAUCAAUAGUAAUUAUUAAAGAAAUACAAAGCA